ACACGAACGUACUCAAUAUUCAAGACAUUGAGUUCCCCAUGAAAAUUAAUCAAAUUACAAGAUUUGAACGAUUAAACGAUAUAUCCAUCAAUGUAUACAGCAUCAUGGGAGAAAAGAACGAAUCCAUUGUUCCGGUACGUCUUAGCGACGGAAAGAGGGAAAAGCAUGUGAACUUGCUGCGCAUUUCGGAACCUCGAGACCGCUACACGGGACACUUCGCCUGGAUCAAGGACUUAUCCAGGCUCAUAAGUUCUCAAUUGAGCAAGAAAAAAGUCAGAAAAUACAUUUGCGAUCGAUGCCUGCACUAUUUCUACUCCAACGAGAAGUUAGAGAGUCACGCGGUAGACUGCGAAAAAUUAAACGACUGUGCCAUCCUGCUACCCAGCGAAGACAAUAAAUGGUUGAGUUUUAGCAAUCACAGCAGGAAGGAGCGAGUUCCCUUUGUGGUGUAUGCCGACCUAGAGUGCACACUGGAGAAGACGGUAAGUGAGAAGGAAGAGGAGGGAUGUACAUCGCACGCGUAUCAGCAUCACAAAGUAUUUAGUAUAGCAUAUUACUUGCGUUGCUCGUACGACGAUUCGGUAUCAUAUUUUCGGUGCCGUCGCGAUACGGAUUGUAUUUCGUGGUUCGUCGAGCAACUAGAAAAGUUAGCACACCGUGUAAAAGAAAAGUUAUCAACCAAUGUCGAUAUGGAAACUUUAUCGAAGGAACAUAUGGUUGAGUACAACCCCGAUCAUACCCCAGACAUCCUCCAUUUCCUCCCCAAAAUCACGUCUGAUUAUGAGGAUUUCCCUCACAAUUUCUUGGAUCCGAUCGUUACAAAGUCUUCCGCUGUUAAACAGCAACACGAGUAG